UUAAACAUGAUCGUUGAAGAAGAUGUACCUACUAUUCUUCAAGAAUUUGUUCAACCCCGUGUAAUAAAUCAAAGUAUGCUUAUAAACUUGAUAAUUGAUCAAGGACCAAAGGGAGAAGCUGGAAAACUUUUUAUUGAGGAUGGAAUUAAUUUAGAGGAGACAAAAAAAAUUCGAAUUGAAUUUCUGAAUAUUUCAAAAAUCGAUUAUCUCUGGGUGAUGCCGAAUCUUGUAAAAUUAAAGUUAUCUAAUAACAUAAUUGAAAAAAUAGAAAACUUAAAUGUUCUUAUCAAUUUAAAAGAGUUAGAUCUGUCUUUUAAUCACAUAAGAAUAAUGGAAAAUUUGGAUUGUUUAACAAAAUUGGAGAUAUUGCUUCUGUACAAAAAUGAGAUCACUAAAAUAGAAAACAUAAACAAUUUAUGUAAUCUUACAAUUUUUAGUAUUGGUAAUAAUUUCAUAGAAGAUUGGGAACAUGUACUUUAUUUACGAAAAUUUAAGAAACUCCGCAGUUUAAAUAUGAGUGAAAACCCUUGUGCUAAUGAGGAUGGAUAUUCAAAUUACGUAUUUGCAUUUAUACCUCAGUUACUUUAUUAUCAAUAUAAAAUGAUAACAAGCGAAGAAAGAACAGUAGCCAUAGAAAAACAUUAUAGGUCCUUAAAUACUUUAGAAGACACAGAAGCUAAAGAAAAAGAAGAACUGAAUGCACAGCAAAAAUAUGAAGAAAAAUUAGCUUUUCUGACAACUGCAUACAUGGAACAUUUGGAUGGAGAUUACCUUUUUCAACAAAUGUUCGCUGACGAUAAAGAGGGUAAAGAAUUGACUACCGUAAAUGAAGAUACUCAAACUGCUUAUGAAGAAUAUGAAAAAAGUUUUACAGUAUUAUGUCAAGAGUUUUGUGAGACAGGUUUGAAAGAUCAUGAAAGACGGACAAAUGAAAUAAACCUUUUCACAACUGCUGUCAAUAAGGGGAAAAAGGAAUCACAGGAUCAGGGCAGAGUGAUUGUAAGUGACAUGAUAAAAAGGAAAACUGAAAUAUUAGAAACUGUUAAACAUAUGCUAAACAAGUUAGGCGAUGAUGCAGAUAAUACUAUACUUGAAGAAACUACUCAAAGAGUACAACAACUUAGUGACGAUUUUAGCGAUAUGAUUACUGAUGGUUGGACAAAUUUAAUGUCUCUUGAAAUGGAUUUACAUGAACAAGUACAAGAUAUAAAUGAAGUAUUCAGAAUUAACAUAUCUGAUAUGGUAGAAUUUUCCUUAACAAAUGCACGAGGCUAUUUUUCACAGUUACGAAAUCGUGAGGCAGAAUAUAAUGACACUAUUAACGGAUUAGUUUUAUAUUAUCUUAGUGGUUUCGGGGACGAUUCAAAGAUACCAAAACAUUUGGUAACUUUGUGUGGAGACAAAGAUAUUUUAAGUUUUAAUAUUGCUAAUUCUCAUGAAAAGCAUUUACAAGUAAUAGAUGCUAGAGAAGAUGUUCUAGUAAAUCGUUUAAAAAGUUGGCUUGAAGAAUAUACUGAACAAUUAAUUAAAGAUGAAAAUGAGAGAAAUAAUCGACAGAUACUAGAAAUAUCACAUUUUGCUGAUUCUCAACAAAAGGAAUUUUCUUCAUUACAGUUAUUGGAACAAUUAUAUAUAAACAUUAGUGACACAGAAAUGAUUGAGGCCCUUGAUGAUUAA